AUGGCUGCUCGCGAGCCCUCGAAAUGCCUUCAUAGGGCCCUUCUGCGCCCAUCAAGGCUUUAUAAAUAUCAACAAUUCUCCUUUCCCAUACGCAAUGCCUCGAACCAAGCUGCAUCCGCCCCAGCCUCGGUGGUUGAAGUCGAACCCGCGUCUUCUUUUGCAGCCCCUGUUCCGGAUUCCGUUAUAAAGUCAUAUAAUCCUGUUGCGCGGGCAAGGGCAGCACAGAAGAAACUUCCUCGCAGUCGGUAUCAAUUCCGUUCUCCAAAAUACGAUCGAGGACCCCUUCAUCCUCAUAGGCCUCCUCCCCCCUCCGAUCCUUCUUCACGGCAGUUCGUCCCUGGGCCGUUUUCUCUGCCGCGUGUGCAGCAAACUUACGAGUCGACGAUUGCCUCGGAUAUUCUGACGCUCUGUUACGUCCACAAGCCACCGGGGUUUCAAGCACCAGUCAAAGCGCCGCGUUUACGCUCAUGGGACGACAGUUCGCCAUAUCACAAGAACCGACCAUUGCGCGGGCCACGUGGUGGUGAUGUCUUGCGACUCUUGCGGAAACCCGUCACGUUCCGGAACUUGCCUAAAGUUGAGCGGAUCACAAUCCACAGUUACGUGAAGCACGCUGCUACAGAAGGCUCCCAAUGGCUUCACGUUGCUGGAAUGGCUGUCCAAGCCAUCUCGAAUGUCCGGGUUGAGACCUUCAAAUCCAGAACCAGUGUUGGUCCUUGGGGCAUUGUUCCCGGAAGGGACUCGGUUGCCGUCAAGGCUGAGCUGUAUUCCGAGAAUAUGCAUCAUUUCCUUGGAAAAUUGGUCGAUGUUGUCCUGCCCAAAAUCAAGGAGUGGAAGGGUGUCAAGGGAAGCAGCGGUGACAGCAGUGGGAACAUCACAUUUGGCUUGGAGCCUGAGGAAAUGGCCCUUUUCCCAGAAAUAGAGGUCAAUUACGAUAUGUAUCCUACAAAAAUGAUCCCUGGUUGUCACAUCACCCUUCACACAUCUGCCACCACCGACAAAGACGCAAGGCUACUGCUCAGUGCUCUGGGAAUUCCAUUCUAUGGCAAACAUGUUAAUUAA